GCUUUCCAGGAGGGCUCCGACGCGCCAUGCCGGGCUGAUCGGAUCGCCUUCGAGGACUCGCCUCUCUCCAUGCCGUGAGGCGCCGACUCCCCCCGCGCCUUCCCACCGCCAUGGCCGGGACGCCCGGGCGGGAGCGCUCCACGCUCUCUCCAUCCCCCAUCCCCGGCGGCGGUGAAGCCCAACGGGGGGAGUUCGUGGCCCUCACCGCCGUGCAGAUGGAGAAGAGCGAGAGCCCCCCCGCCGCCGCCGCCACGGAAGGCAGUCCCAGGCGUCUGGGGCUUUUGGGCACCCCCUUGCCGGCUCCCCCGCGGGGCUCCGGGGCGCGAUCCGCCUCGCACAAGCGCUACCGCCGCCUCCAGAACUACCUUUACAACGUGCUGGAAAGACCCCGAGGCUGGGCGUUCAUCUACCACGUCUUCAUAUUUCUCCUGGUCUUCAGCUGCCUGGUCCUGUCUGUCUUUUCAACCAUCCAAGAACAUCAAAAAUUUGCCAACCAGUGUCUCUUCAUCCUGGAGGUUGUCAUGAUUGUGGUUUUCGGAAUGGAGUACAUUGUCCGGGUCUGGUCAGCGGGAUGUUGCUGCCGUUACCGAGGCUGGCAGGGGCGAUUUCGGUUUGCCCGUAAACCCUUCUGUGUCAUCGAUUUCAUCGUCUUCAUUGCCUCCCUGGCCGUCAUCGCUGCUGGAACCCAGGGGAACAUCUUUGCUACCUCGGCGCUGCGCAGCAUGCGUUUCCUGCAGAUCUUGCGCAUGGUGCGCAUGGACCGUCGCGGCGGGACUUGGAAGCUGCUCGGCUCGGUGGUCUACGCGCACAGCAAAGAGCUGAUCACGGCAUGGUACAUUGGCUUCCUGGUCCUCAUCUUUGCCUCCUUCCUGGUCUACCUGGCGGAGAAGGAUGCCAACAAAGACUUUCUCACCUAUGCCGACUCGCUCUGGUGGGGUACGAUCACGCUCACCACCAUUGGCUAUGGGGACAAGACCCCCCAGACGUGGCUGGGGCGGGUGCUGGCAGCUUGUUUCGCUCUGCUGGGCAUUUCCUUCUUUGCCCUGCCAGCUGGGAUUCUGGGCUCAGGGUUUGCUCUCAAAGUCCAAGAGCAACAUCGGCAGAAACAUUUUGAGAAGAGAAGGACGCCGGCUGCCAACUUGAUCCAGGCUGCGUGGCGCCUCUACUCUACGGACGUCAGCCGGGCUUACCUGACGGCCACCUGGUGCUACUACGACAGCAUUCUCCCGUCCUUUAGAGAACUGGUCCUUAUGUUCGACCACUUGCACCGAGCUCGCAACGGAGGGCUUAGGAACUUGGAGGUGAGGAAGUUCCCUGAUGGAGCCCCACCACCAUAUCACUCCUUCACCAUUGGCCUGAAAAGCAUCAGUCCCCCCUUUUGCUUGGGGGAAAGCAAUAAAAUGGGCAUCAAGGACCGCAUCCGCCUGAGCAAUUCCCAGAGGCAGGGCAGCCGGGGAAAGGCGCAGCUGGUCCCACCCCUCCGACGCUCGCCUAGCACCGAGAACGUCAACGAAGCUGUCAGCCCCACCAAGGUGCAGAAAAGCUGGAGCUUCAACGACAGGACAAGGUUCCGGGCCUCAUUGAGGCUGAAACCGAGGACACCGGUGGAAGCUGACGGCCCCGCAGAAGAGACCAAUGAGGAGAAGGCCUACCAGUGUGACUUGACCUUUGAAGACAUCAUGCCUGCUGUGAAGAACCUCAUCCGGGCAGUCAGGAUCCUCAAGUUCCUGGUGGCCAAAAGGAAAUUCAAGGAGACUUUGCGUCCGUACGAUGUCAAGGAUGUGAUCGAGCAGUAUUCAGCCGGGCACCUGGACAUGCUGGGCAGAAUCAAGAGUCUCCAGACCCGGGUGGAUCAGAUUGUGGGGCGAGGAGCGAUUGCCAUCGACAAGAAGAUCCGGGAGCGGGGCGAGAAGAUGUCGCUGGAAGUGGAGCUGGUGGAUGAGCUCAGCAUGAUGGGACGAGUGGUCAAGGUGGAGAAGCAGGUGCAGUCCAUUGAGCAUAAGCUAGAUUUGCUCCUGGGGGUCUACUCACAGUGCCUGCGUAAGGGCUCCGUGAAUUCCAUCAGCCUGACCGCCAUGCCGAUCCCGACGGGGGAGCCUGACAUCACCUCCGACUACCACAGCCCCGUGGACCACGAGGACAUGUCUGUCUCUGCGCAGACCCUGAACAUCUCCCGGUCAGCUAGCACCAACAUGGACUAAGGGGGUUCCUGGAACUAGCCAUGUUACAGCUAAUGCACCAGCCGUGUUGGGUUUGCAGGAGAUGAGGGAGGAUGAUCUUCUUCCCAGGGUAGGUGGGGAGGAGAGUGGUAGGGCACACUGCUCUCCCUGGAGCCCAAACCCUCUUCUUCAACCUCACCCGUGUUGGCAGGCUCCCCAUUGGAGAAACUCUGCUCCCAGCACAACACAACAAUUGCCUCAACUUUACUUGAAGUCUUCCAGUUCUGGACAAAGCCACUAGCCCUGGAUGUUCUAAGGACUACCUGGUCGUCAGACCUCCAGCGCAGACGUUGUGGUGUCUCGGUGGCUUUAGAAACAAAGGCGUUUAUGGUGGCCACCCCGUUCAUCAUAACCAAAACCUCCUCCAACAUUUUGUGCCACUGGUAAGGACAAUAAGGGGCAGGAUGAGGAGGGGGGCCCUCCUCUGUGGAGGGGAAGCCGUGACCACCUCAGUCGACGUUUGGAGGGAUGCAUCUUCCACCCCUCAGCCUUCUCUAAUCUCUCUGCAAUCAGAAGCAGCUUGAGGUGCUUCCAGCUUCAGAGAAGAACUAGCUCUUCGCCACCAAAGAGCUUCCAUGGAAGGGGAGCCACUGGGCCGUUCCCCACCUGAGCAAAGGCUCUCUGACCUAUAGGUGGUCCUCCCCGCUUGGGGACUUUUAUCUGACAGCUACCAAACUCUGGACUUUUUUUUUCCUUCUGGAAAAACUAGGUUGGAGACGCUUCUUAACAGCUAUGCAAAAGCUAGGCCGUCGCCCUUUCUCCCUCUCCCGGCCCCACUGCUUCACACGGGACAACGCGACUCUCUUUGCAUCUAGAAGAGAUGAGGAACUGGCAAUGCCUAGCUCUGCCGACGGGCAGCCUUUCUAAGCACCUUGGAACUUCUCCGAUACCUCCCCUCCCAUGCACACACCCCUAAGGGCAUUAUUCUGUGACCCAAGUCAUAAGCACAGAGGAAGCGAUUCCUUGGUGGAACGGGCAAUGUUUUAUGCAACAAUCUUGAAUAUGCAACCUGAAAUCAAUCUGGACCAGCCGAGCAAAGGGGGGAGAGCCUCCUAGACCUAGGGAGCUAGCAGGAGCCUCGGGUGAUGUAAUAUUACGUACGAGGCCAAGUCAAAUGUUCAGGAGCUGAAAAAUCCCUGGGUGGCCUUCAGGGCAGUCUCUGCCUUUGGGGUGAGAGCGCCAGCCUCCCUCUAGUCCCAACAGAGGACCGGAUCCAGCUUUCCUCCCAAGGGCAUUGCCGGAAUAUGAAGUUGGGUUCUGUGGGGACUCUUUUCAGAGCCUCAAUGAUGUUGCUUUUCUGGACGACACUGACGAGAAUUUUGUAGCCCAGAAAAAGCAACAACCUGAGGUUCUGGAGUGGGAGAAAUGAAGGACACUUGUGGUGUCGAUUUCGGUGGAGGGUGGGCGAUGUGUGGCCCUCCCAUGUCACUGGGCUGAAAAUCCAAGCGUCCCUUGGUGGGACUGAUGUCCAAUGACUUCGGGAGGGCCAUGCCUGGCGCACUCCUCCUUCAGGCCCUGCCUUCCCUCAAAGGACCCAAUGAAUGCAACUCCAUUGCUCGCUCAGACCAGACCUGUGGACCUGGUCUGUGGGUCUAGGAGUCCCACCUUCAUGUUCCCGGAGGCAUGCGAGCUAAGGCGGUCCAUUUGUGAUGCUCAUCAGAAACCUGGUUCCAUCAUAGUUGAAAACCCUAUUCAGACCUUAUAGAAUAAUAAUAAUAAUAAUAAAUAAUUACAUAUAUAUAUAUGCAUAUAUAAGGAGGAGGAGCAGCAUGGUAGCCCUGUGCCUUGCCUGGAAUGUUUCCAUUUAUUUUCCUCUCAUGAGGAGCCUAUUUAUGAAGUGCAAAAUAGCUUCUAGGCAUGGAUUCGUACGAUUUACAGCUCCCGCCCAUGUUCUGGGGAGAGGAGAAGGACAGAAAUAUGCAAAGAAGGGGUAGAACUAAUAUCCCCCUCAAAUUUAUGUUUUUAAAGGCUGAAUAGGGUUGAACGUCCAGCUUCUGUCACCUUACCUUUCCCAUCUUAACGCCACGCCGCCAGGUCUCCCCUUCCUCUUUCCGAAUUAGCUUAUCCUCUGCUGCUUUUUCUGAAUGUUCUCUGUUGUGGCCGUCGCGGUAGACUUUAAGCCUUUGCACUUUUUGGAGGGGGGAAGUCGAUUGCCAUCUCACAAAACUGCACACACACACGGGGUGGGGGGGUUCCUUUUGUGUACAAUCAGCCCACAAAGAGACAGUGUCUUGGGUGUCCCGCCAGGAAAAAGGGAUUGUACGAAUGGACCAGGUGUGUUUUUAUUUUAGGUCAAAAAGGAGAUGGGAGUCCCAGGAAGUAGAAAAUGGAAUGUUCUUUCGUUCAGGAUAAA